CUGCCAUAACCGGCGGGACCGCCUUGAUGCCAUGGACGCCGCCACUGAAAGCGCGGAAGCAGUGGCUGAGAGCGGGGCAGGCCCUGAGGCCAGCACUGCCAAUGGUGCAGCACUCCAUGCUGCGCCGCCAGUUCCCCCUCCGAGUGAUCCACCAGAGGAUGCGAAUGCAACUGCUGUGCAAGGCGCAGAGGAUGGUGGUGGCGGCAAGGGGAACAAGAGGAGAAGAAAAGGUGGCGAUGGAGAGAAGCAGUACGACCUGGUGGGAACAAUCAGGAUGUUCAACGCAGACAAAGGUUGGGGCUUCAUAGACGGUGAUGCAGGCUGCAAAGAUAUAUUUUUGCAUGCGAAACACUUUGUGGGGAAGCCUCCAAACUAUUGGAUAGGUCAUAAGAUGCAAACCAAGGACAAGCAUGUGGCUCCGAAAGUCUCUGAGGGUCCCGUGCGAGUCACGUUUGACAUGUCCUUGACCAGCCAAGGGAAGCCGCAGGCCUUGAACGUCAAAAUAACCAGUGGCCACAAAGAAGAACUGGAGGACGACGAUGGUGAGGAUCGACCGAGGCCAAUUUCAGGCGGCUAUCGCCCACCUGUGAGACGUGUGGAUCCACCGUGGCGGCGCGGCUGGGCCUCUCGGUCUGUAUCCUUUGUAGCACACCGGUGAGCCGUCGAUGAGGUGAGAGCAUCAUGCGCGCCUCUGGCGAAAGGUUUGGGCAGAGAUGAGAUGGCCAUAGUAAUCAGAGAAUCUCCAUAACAAAUCCACGAAAUGGAGAAGAUCCACCUCCACGGUGGAAGUAAUUUGAGAUUACCAUCAGUAGAAAGGAUGAACUUCUGCAUCGGUAGGAUGAUCUCUGAGAACUAAGUCUGCCCCCUGGAUCAUCCGGUAAACGACUAUCGGACACGGCAAGUGCUUGAGAACGC